AUGGGUUUGAGCCGAGCGGCGGAGAAUUGUGGGUCAGCAAUGACACAAAACACGGCGGAUGGCCGAGCUUUGGGCUGCUGUCCGGCAUCAAGCCGGGGAGCCGUGGCUGGCUCUGGAGCGGCCGAGCCGGUUCGAACAACGGAACGGAGAUUGAUUUAUUUUGAAAGAUCAAGGCCGCAAAAUCUAUUGCGCCAUAGAGAAAAAUUUUUCUUCCGUGCAGGGGAUUGCCUGGCUUGCGGUUGCAGGUGGUUCUGCGCCAGUACGUGGGCCAGCUCCUCUCGCAACCGGCUUCGGAGAGCUCCGACGGUAGAGUCCAGGAAUACGCAUACCACAUACUUCUCUCACGAGCGGAUGAUUUCGGUUUCUUUCCCUUCAUCAGCAAUGCAGGCACGGUUAAGAUGUGGGGAUAACCCUAUUUCAGGGUCCAGACUGUCCAUUUGA